AUGGCAAGGCUCACUGAUGAUGCCGACUACGAUGCCGGCGAAACGUCUGAGAAUGUAUCAAGUUCACUAUCAGAUGCUGGGAAUCAAGACAACUACUAUGGCAGACGACUUCGGACUCCGUGCGUUCUACAUAGUCUCCCUGAACACAAGACCAAGUUGCAACAACGAGGUCAACCCACUUCUAGACGCUACUUUUGCUGUCCUAAUUACUUUGAGCCAUCAAUGCUGGUUUCGUGCAUAGGCGGACAUAUACAGGCACAUGGACAUGCAGAGACAGACACUAGAAUCCUUCGAGGUUGA